UGGUCGUGCUGAUGUAUGUUUCCGUUCAAGAACUACAACCAAUUUCCAGGAAAUAACCUUGAAAGUUGAAAUAGAUGGGUAUAAGGAGAAAAUCCAAUUAUCGUGUAGUGAUAACAACGGGUGAAAAAUCGGGAUGGAUUUUUGUUCGGGAAAAAUCCCAAACAACAUACAUACCUCAUUCUCGGGCAAAUAUCUCGCGAUGAUUAAGUAUUUUGUUCGGGCCUUGGACAACAAUUUGAUUAUUGACCGAAGUAUUUUUCUUAAUGGACCCAAUUCCUUGUUUAAUAACAACGAUAAUUUUUUAAAUUUAUCUUGAAAAAAACAAGCAACUAUAACCGGGGAAGCAAAGGCCGCUGAGAAUGGGAACAUUGCGCAACUGUUUUAUAGCUCCUUUCCAAACUCCACUCUCUAUUCGCAUAAAAACCAGAGACAGAAUACCUUUGAUUCCUUGGAGAAAUCUAAUCAUUAAAGCGACAGCGAUGGAUUCCUCGGAGACAAAGGCGUAUUACCAGAACGUGGUCGUAAUGAGGCACGGCGACCGUUUGGACAACUUCGAUGCCAAGUGGGUGCAGACGGCGGAGAGGCCAUGGGACCCACCGCUUACACAAGACGGCUUGGCCAGGGCUUUUCGUACCGGCCGUACGUUUCGUACCCACCUACCAUUCCCGAUCCACCGAGUGUUUGUCUCCCCCUUCCUCCGCUGCGUCCAGACCGCCUCCGAGGUUGUCGCCGCCCUUUGUGCCGUCGAUGACAAUCUCAAUGCCAAGUCAUCCACCGACGUUGUUUCCAUCGACUCAUCAAAAGUCAAGGUUUCUAUUGAGUAUGGACUGUGUGAGAUGUUAAGUAGAGAAGCAAUUAGGCUUGAUGUAGCGCCCAAAGAUGGAAUCUUUCGUUUCAAUGUUCCACAGCUUGAGGCUUUGCUACCAAGUGGCACAUUGGAUCAUACCGUGGAACCAGUUUAUAAAGAGUUGCCACGAUGGGAAGAGACCGUGAUGGGGACGAGGACUAGAUAUGAACAAAUUAUAAAGGCACUGGCGGAUAAAUACCCCUCUGAAAACUUGCUGUUAGUUACUCAUGGGGAAGGUGUUGGGGUUUCGGUUUCUGGGUUCUUGGGGGACGUGACUGUCAUUGAAGUAGGUUAUUGUGCUUAUUCAGAACUAAGAAGACCGAUCUCUUUCAAAGAUGAGUCAUUCACUGCUGGAAACUUUGAGGUGCUUACGAAAACUGACCAGACUGGCGUUACUUUCAUUUUCGACGAGCAUCUUUAAUAAUGUUUCAAUGGUAAUGUCAUUGAUUCUUUGGGUUGAACCAUGAAGAAGAUGACUCCAGUUUCAUCUCAAGCAUGUCUCAGCCUUCCUCUUGAUGCGUCUGCUUUUGUUUGCAUUAGAACUUUUGUAUCAAUUCUUAAGACCUUUGAUUGAACAAAUAAUCAGUUUUACUUCAUGACAGUCUUUUUCUUCCCCUGUUUUGUCUGCUAACAGUGUGAAUUGAGACAAUGAAAGUGAUGGAGAUGAACCAAUUCUGUUUUUUCUUUGGAUUAUGAUAUUGAAGCUGUUGAUUCAUUGCGAAAAGUUGUAGUCUUGAUGCGGAUAUGUACUUUAGUCGGCCCAACAAAUUAGCACGUGAAUUAGAAGUGGACCAGCUAUUGGUUGCUGGAAAGUGUCUUUAGUCAUCCUUUUAAGAAAAAGAAACAGAAAAAGAGAAGGACCUCCUACAACUAGAAACAGAAAUAAUAUACAAGGGACAAGUCAACUUUGUGGCUGAAGAAACUAGUUAAAACGUUAAACUUAAGACAAAUUUUUAAUCAUUGAAGCGUGGGUGAGACAUUAUCCCAUAAGAUUAUAGCUGCCUAAUUUCCCUCUCUCACAGUGAAAGCCUGUAACCUUCAAAAAAACUUGGGCCUGAAG